AUGACGGUGGUGCUGCCCUGCCUGGUGCUGGCCCUGCUCUGCCUGCUGCGGGCAGGGGCUGAGGUCCCUGUGCAGCCAGACUUCACCGCUGAGAAGUUUGCAGGGAUGUGGCAUGUUGCAGCCACAGCUUCCAACUGCUCCAUGUUUCUGAAGAUGAAGGACGGGAUGAAGUCGUCCAUUGCCACCAUCAGCUUCACGCCAGCGGGGGAGCUGUCUAUGAAGCUUGUCUGGCCGCUGCCAGAUGGAUGCCAAAAGUUUGACCUGCUCUUCCAGCAAAGUGGGCAGGCAGGGCACUACGUGGCAGCACAAGAGAAGAAGGACCUGCGUGUGAUGGAGACAGACUACAGCCACUAUGCCAUUGUGCAUGAGCUCCAGCAGAAGGGGCAGGAGACCAACACCGGGCUGCAGCUCCUCAUGAGGGAGCAGGACACGAGCCCCCAGCUCCUGCAGAAGUUCAAAGAGCUCAUCCCCACUGUGGGCCUGACCAAGGACAUGCUGGUCAUCCUGCCCAAGUCAGGUGAGUGCCAGGAGGAUCAGUGUACCGAGGCCAUCAGGUGA